AUGAGUUCCACUCGACAACGCCUAACCACGCCCUACGUCUAUCCAAGCAAACGAUACGGCACGGAAUACACAAGCGACCACCAGUCAUCCCGAUCUAAUCCAAGUCAAGCAGUCCUACUCGCCAUAUCCGUUCCCCCUUUCCAAGCCACCGCUGGCCCUACUUCUCCUGUCAUGCCACAACGAACCACACCCUCUUCCACCAACCCGUGGAGUUCAAUACCUACCCCGAAUCGACCGGCCGUUGAAAAUGGCGCCCAGACCCACGCCAACAUUCCCCGAUAUAAGCACCCAUACGUCCUCCUAGAGGGAAACGACCCUCUCUCUUCUGCGCAGGGAUAUGAGGUCAAAGUGCUGCAUGCGCAGGAUAGCCAGGCAAUCGUAGUCCGCGCUCGUGAGAAGAGAUUGGGUCGUGCAAGGCGCUGAGUUGCGUUGAUAUGGGAGUGUGGGUUUGAGGAGGACGGCGAAAUGUGCAGGGGAGUGUACUGUUGGAUAAGAGUUGACGACGAGGGUGUUUGCCGGAGGAGGAGAUGUGAUGAGGAUAUUUAUGCCGUUUUUGAGGUCAUGUAGCCGAAGUGGGGAGCAAGUCACAAGGACUCCUCAGUUUGACUUGUCAAGAAGACAUUAUGAUUGUCGUACCCGUUGCGUCGUGUAUCUGAAGCCUGGGCUGACAUUGUGUAUACAGAGUCAAUCCUGAUGCUACUCAUUUCCAAGCAAUCACAACUGCGCCUUCAUCAUUCCAUCCAUCUUCCCAACCCCGCGAGAUCUCACAACCGACCCCCCCUCCCACAAUCCACCUAAGCAUCCCUAACCUCAUAAGAAACCUUACUAACGCC